CCGAUCUUCUCUCGCGCGCACGCACGCACGCGCGCGGCAUCAUAUACACGAGUACUCUCAUAUACACCGGCACCAACCGCCAUAGCGACCGACUCCGCAGACACAGACGACGAGCGCAGAGCAGAUGGCGGCGGAGGCGGCCAACAGGGAGGAGGCCGAGAGGGCGCUCCGGCGCGCGGAGGAGCACUUCCUCGCCGGCAACGUGGCGGGGGCGCGCCGGCUGGCCGCCAAGGCCCGGCGGAUCUCCCCGUCGCUCCCCGGCGCCGCGCACGCUCUCGCCGCCUACGACGUCCACGCCGCCGCGGCCGGGACCCAGCACCGCGCGGGCUACUGGCACGACGUCCUCGGCGUGGGCCGCUCCGCAUCCGCCUCCGCCGUGAAGAGGCAGUUCCGGCGCCUGUCCCUCCUCGUCCACCCCGACAAGAACCGCUCCGCCGCCGCCGAGGGCGCCUUCAAGCUGCUAGGCCAGGCCUGCGACGCCCUCUCCUCCGGCUCCGGCGCCGGCCACGUCCCCUACCACAGCAGCGCCGCCGCCACCGCGGCCUCCGCGCAGGAGUGGUACCGAUCGCACCACGCGGCGAAGCAGCCCACGCCGCCGAAGCCGUCCAAGCCGCCCGCGCCCGAGGCGCCGCCGCCGCCACCUGCCGCCGAUUCGGCGUCGCGCGCGAGGAGGUUCGUCCGCGUCCGCUGCGAGCGCUGCAGGGUGGCCAGGGAGGUCCCCGGCGGCGAGCUGGCGGGCGGGCAGGCCAAGUGCGUCCGUUGCCAGACCGUGCUGCGCGAGCAGGAGCAGAGGAGGACGUACGUGUGGACGUCGUCGGGGUCGUACCACCAGGUGCCCAGCGAGAACCCUCAUCCUCCGCCGCCGCCCACGAAGCCGCCGACGUUCCAGUGCCCCGCCCGGUGCCCGCAGUGCGAGACGCAGUUCACGUCCAUGGUGUCCGCCGGCACGUGGAACCUCCGGUGCCGGAACUGCCUGAAGCGCGCCAUGGUCAAGGUGAAAGGCCCCGAGGAGGCGACGUGUACGUGAAGCGGAACGACGACGUCUUCAGAGUUCAGAUCCAGAUUACCACUUCCGGUUACAAUAUCCAGGGAAGGAUGCAAUGUGGAGUAGCCUAAAAACCUUGCAGUAUAGAUGCAUGGGGAAGGCUGCUAGAGAAUUUACAUGCUUGAAAACAUAAGCAGAGGUCGGGCAGGAGCUUAGCAAUGGCUGCUGUGAGUGCAAGAAAGCAACCCGGGUGCUAGGUUAUAAAUCAAAGAGCAGGAAAAGUUAGGUUUUGAUCGUGCAUUGGAACACCGAAACCGCAUGAGCCGUGCGGGUGAAGAAGCUAUUCGAAAUCCUAUGGAACCUACGCGCGUCAUCUCUGUUCUUCAGAAUCAUAUACCACUAUCGCGUCUACCUGAAAGACGGACAUCAGAGCACCAAAACCGUAUGUAUGAGCCGUGCGGGUGAAGCUACCGAAACGCUACAGAACCUACUGUCUCUCUUUCCCCUGUGCAUCAUCCCUGUUCUUCAAAACC